GCUGUUUUGUGUGUGCAGAAUUCCAGGGUUGCCGAAUUUCACUGUACGCGAAGGGGAACUCCUAUAACAUUUUCGCCUAAAAAUCUAAUUAAAGGAUCGCAACCAUGCAAAACUAAACAUGGCCUGUGCAGCAGAAUACAAUGACGAGCAACUAAACUACUACAGAAUUUGUUAUCUUACCACUGACAUACUAGCCGAAGGUCUGCGAACAAUCUUCAAACAAGAGUGGGACAAUCGCUACAAGGCAACUAAGGGAGAAUGGAAAGACGAGCCUCGGAAUGGACUGGACUUUUAUAACGGGGAGUCUCCUCGGAACCAAAGAAGAAAUUCCCUCCUCUUGGCUACCAUGAUUAACGGAAACAGAGCGGAAUGGGAUUGCACUAUGUUGUUCUACGCCAUACUUAACUCCGACUGCAUUUAUGGUCUGAACACAGCUGUGUACUCAAAUGUUUCUGAUCUCAGAACGUUUCGCAAUGAACAGUUUGCUCACAUCCCGCGAGGUCAUCUGUCUGGCCUCGAGUUUCAAAAUGCCAUUGGUAAAGUUCAUACUGCAUUUCAAGGGCUCGGUCUCUCCACAGUGCAAAUUCAAGAUAUCAGAAACCAGACAAGUUUUCCCACGGAGGAGUUAAGAAAUGUGUUGGACAACGUUGAAGACCUGAAGAGGGAACUUCAAGAAAAAGGAAAGGAACUUCAAGAAAAGGAGGAGCAACGACAGGUCCUUGAAGAUCAGUUACAGAGUGAUGCUUCCCCCUUUUGCAUUCUCCCUACCAAACCUUCACACGACGUCGCUAGGCGCGAUUGUGAAGUAGAUGCGAUUACGCAACAACUCAAAGAACUUAGAUGCGCCAACGAAAACGGUUUAAGUUACCUGUAUAUCUCAGGGAAUCCUGGCAGUGGCAAAUCUCAGCUAGCCGGUUUCGUAGCCAAGCGAUUCUUUGACGAAGUAAGCAACGUUCCGAGUGCCACCACAUUUGUAAUGACUUUGAAUGGCGACAGCUUAGACACGCUUCUGGAAUCGUACGCCUCUUUCGCGCGGCAUCUUAAGUGUCCAGAAUAUGCAGUUACCAACGCCCUGAACGCCAAGGAUGGGAACAUAAACGGGAAGAUCACCAAUUUAAAAACGCUGAUUAGCACAAAAAUCGAACUUUACACGUCGUGGCUACUAGUAGUGGACAACGUUACCAGCAUAUCAUCUGUGCAUGUUCAUUUGCCGCAGCCUGGAAGCGAGCAGUGGAUAAGAGGCCAGUUGCUAAUCACAACACAGGACACUGCCUCAAUCCCUUUGAAAAGCUCUUUCAUCGAUCAUAUUUCAAUAAGUGAGGGCAUGGACCCUCACGAAGCCAUUUCCUUACUGACAAUGCUUUCUGGUGUUGCUGACAGCGAGAUGGAAAAAGAAGUUGCGCAGGCAUUGGACUUCCAGCCUCUUGCCUUAGCAAGCGCCGCAACCUAUGUCAGACAGGUUCGGCAGAACAAAGUGACUUCAAAUUUUGGCUGGAACGACUACCUGGAGAAGCUGAACAAGGGCCAACGAUGUAGCACUGAGACCAUCCUUGCUGAGACCAAUGCAAGCUACCAAGAAUCCAUGACCACUGCAACAACACUGGCUGUUGAAAAAGCAAUGACGUCCGAUAAAGUUAUCCGUCACACAUUCAAUUUCCUUUCUCUCUGCGCGCCAAAACCACUGAGUCUAGACAUCGUGAUCAAUUACAUUCUCAACGUAGAUGAAGAAAUUGACGAUAAAGCGAUGAUUGGCAACAGGAUCCAAAGAUGUUCGCUGCUGUUACUUGAAGAAGAAGAGACUGGCGUCCACAUUCGCGUGCAUCAGGUUGUGCAUGACGUCAUCAACGCUGUAGUUCAAGACUAUCCCAUGAUUCAACAGCUUGAAGCGAUCAGAUCAUUUGACCAGUUCAUAGGCGAUAUCUUAGACGGGAAUUCGGAUGAGUUAGAUUCUCUUGUUAGCAACAAGGAGAUAGUUCCUCAUUUGAAAGCCCUGAUUGUAAAAAUUGAAAUUUUGUUUUCUGAAGAAGAAAUAUCUAAAGUUGUCAAAAACCAUGCUUUGAACUUGCAAUGCUUUCCGCGUAUCUUUCAAAAUCUUGGUCGUGUUUCUCAAAACCAUUGUGAAUUCUAUACGGCAAUGAAAUACUUUAAAGUAGCAUUAGAGUUCGUUAAGCGUAGUAAACUAUUAAGUGGUGUAGAUGAAGCAAAUGCUAAUUUUUACAUGGGCACUGUCCAUCAAGAUCUGGGUGAUCCUCUGCAGGCGAGAGAGUACUAUGAACGUGAGUUAGCCAUUCGAAAGAAAAAGCAAGGACGUAACCAUGUUGAUGUUGCAGUCACUUAUGGAAACCUGGGAAACGUUCACCUUGACUUGGGUGAGCUGAAGCAAGCAAAAAGUUAUUAUGAUCAUGCUCUGAUCAUCAUCAUAGAAAAGCUCGGUCCUGACCAUAUUCAUGCCGCAGCCACUUACAACAACUUAGGCAACGUGCAUCUUGAACUGGGAAAUUUGAAGCAGGCCAAAGUGUAUUACUGUCAUGCGCUGACUAUUCGUCUUGGUGAGCUCGGAUCUGAGCACGUUCACGUGGCAGCUUCAUAUGGUAACCUGGGGAAAGUGUACCGAAAAUUGGAUAAGCUGGAGGAAGCAAAGGAAUGCUACAAUUGUGCCUUGGCCAUUCGUUUGAAAAAGCUUGGACCUGAGCACGUGGACGUUGCAACUACAUACAACAAUCUGGGUAUCGUUCACCUUAUGUCGGGUGUUCCAGAGCAGGCGAAAGAAUGUUUCGAUCGUGCGCUAGCCAUUAAUUUAAAAAAGCUCGGAUCUAACCAUGUUCACGUCGCAGUUACUUACAAUAAUUUAGCCAACGUUCAUGCUGAUCUGGGUGAUCUGGAGCUGGCAAAAGAGUAUUAUGAUCGUGCGUUGGCCAUUGGGCACAGCUUGGCUGAGCUUCAGGAACAGAGUAGGGAGCAUUCCCGUUCUCGUGGCACAACUUGCACAGUACUUUGAAUGCCUAGAAGCAUGAGCAAUGCAUAACCAUCGGAUCUCAUCUGCAUGGCCUCGUGCUCGUGUGUACCCUCGGAAUAAGAGUGAACAUCACCGGGUUAUCAUAAUGAUACGAGUACUUUGUUGCCAAAGGUGAUAGCACGCUCACAGCGUGUUUACACGACACGCUUAGUGUGUCCAAAAGCCACGGACAGUGCCUGUGCAUAUUUGAUGACUAGGACCAAGGAGGACUCACUUCGUAGUGUUUUCAAACAGGGUUGGCGCGCUAAACCUAUUGGUUUUCAGCCUGUUUGAUCUGCGUUUCUCACGCAUAACGUGGGAUCGUGGAACACGUGAAUAAUGGAACGCGUGAAUAACCAGACACUUUAGUAUAUAUAUCUAUCAUUAUGUUAUUUUCCAGUUCUUAUAACACAGAUUCUAAAUAUAUGCAACAUAACAAGAAUGUCAAUUAGCUUGCGAGGAUGGGGUGAGCUGCGUUUGAUCCCAGAGGAGUGUCCUUGUAUUUUUUGGGAUUUUUGACAGCGACAUUUCUUGGAUGUAGAAACCAUUCACGACGUAAAAUAAUUCGGAAAAUGAACGUAUUCUUUUGAUUAUUUGAUAAAUUUCUCUCCCACUCCUUCCCCUUCAACCUCAACCAGUCCUUGCAAGAUGGCAUAAAUUGCUACUGUCCGUUGUGUCGCUUACACGUGCAUACCUCAAAAAUCAUUCUCCUUGUUUUAGGCAUACUUCUCGCAGGUAACAUGUUAAACACAAGCCCACGUUUCAUCCCCUCUCAGUUUUCAAUGCUCUGUUUAUGAGAUCUUUUUUAAGAAUUCAGGAUUUGCAACAUCGAAUGAUUCUACUCUCCAAUUAACGAGACUUGCGACAGAGACGUGAGCAUGAGCUUCUUAUAUACAGCUGUUUCGAGAAAGGUUGUCUUACGAAAGUGUAAAAGCGCACGCAACAAUACCGAACGGUACUUUGGGUAGAGAGUAGUUAACGGCUGGCUGAUCGAAGUUCACGGUGUUUAAUUUCAGGGCGAUUUUUGCCCCUUCACUGGCGGAAAACAGCUUGAAUUUCGACCACCCGUAAUAUCUUUCGUCAUUAAUUGUCGCUUCCGAUUUUACGCUUUUGUAGAACAACAUUUCUCGAGACAGCUUUAAACGAUUAUUUUUCUGUCUAGGUCGAGUUCCUUUUCGAUCCUUUGUCCUCCAUUCCCACUGACUCCACAGAAAUAGUCCGGCUCACUGAGAGCGGUUCCAGUGCUCGAGCCGCAUAUAUCCAACUUGAUUUGAACCGCGUGGCUCCAAAUUCCUGUCACUGGAAUUUGGAUUCAGCGUGGCCCUCUUCCACGAUGACUAUCCGCAUCUUUGUUUGCCUUGAAGAAGACUUUCUUCUCUCAAAGGAAAAGGUGCGCCGCAAAAAUUUCAGUUUGUCCGAGGGAGAUCUGGGUUACAGUUAAGUCACGUCGCAUGAAUGACCGAGAAACUUGGCACAGAAUGUUCUUCCGGUUUUCUAAGAAAAGUUCCAUUUGAUUUCUCAGAAUCGCAACAAAAUACAAAGCUGCACUGUCAUAAUGAAAAUUGCUAGAGCAUUGACAUCCUCAUUGUGCGUAAGUUAUUCACUUUUCACGGGGACGCGUAAUUAGUCAAAGAACACGAAAUUUUAACAUUAGUGAGACGUUGU